AUGUCGCAGGUAUUCAACGAAGACAAUGCAGUGUCAUCGUUUAAAUCUGUCUCUCCUAAGGUGCUGAUCAGACUACCUAUUUUCAUCCUUCGCUCUUUUCUUGCCAGGCAACUACUUUCCGGCUCACCGUUGCUUGCUAGGCAACCACCUUCCAGCCCUCGCUUUUCGCUUGUCAGGCGAUUAUUUUUCGGCCCUUGCACGUUGCUUGCCAGGCAACUACUUUCCGGCCCACCGUUGCUUACUAGGCAACCACCUUCCAGCCCUCGCUUUUCGCUUGCCAGGUCGAUCAUGGAGUUGGACAAAAAGGUCAUGCACAACAUCCCAUCACAGCUGACUGGAAAAUUAUUCGGCACUAACUGAAAGGGGCACGGAGUCCCAUUAAUAUCAAGAAAAACUUUGCCCAAUGUUUUAACCCCUUCAUUACUUAUGCCAAGUAAAUGAAAAAUAAUCUUUUUAUUAAUUUUG